AUGCCUGCGCUGAUCAGGCGCGUCGGCAGCAUCGCGGCCACGCUGGGCCUACAUUUGCUUGCCUGCGUGGCGCUGCUGGGCCUGGCGGCUGUGAGGCAGCCUUGGGCUGCAGCGGCCGCCUUCUUGGUCUUUCAGGUCGCGACCAAGGCGACCGACAUACCUGUGUAUGCCAUCACGCUGGAGAGGGUCAAGCCAGAGCACCGGGGCAAGUUCUUCCACGUCAUGGCCAUCAAGCCGCUCACGUUCGGGGCCUCAGCUCUGCUGGGCGGGUUCAUGAUCGACGCCUGCGGCUUCCGUGCGGCGGUGGCCACGACCGGGAUCGUGUCGCUGCUGCUGCCGACCGCGUUCCUGGCCGCCGUGGCGCGGCUCGACCCGGGGGCGUGA